AUGACUGCAGUGGCGAAACUGAAUCGUUAUUUCCGAAGACUUAUUCGUUUCCGGCAAAUGGAUUUUGAAUUUGCGCUAUGGCAAAUGAUUUAUCUGCUUAUCAAACCACAAAAAGUUUACCGCAAUUUCAUGUAUCGUAAACGUUCGUUUGCGUCGAAUAAUUUUUUGAGAAGAGUGGAUGACCAGGAUGUGGAAUGGGGCUACUGCUUUGAUGUGCAUCUGAAUGCCUUCUUCCCGAUGCUUAUGCUUCUUCAUGUUCUUUUGCCGCUCACCUUUUCA